UCCGCCUCCUCCUCCGUCGCUUCCACCCCGUCACACCAUCAUGGCGGAUGUUCAGGGCAACAACAAUCAUGUCCCUGUGCUAUUCUCAUACUCCGUCUUUUCCCGGCCGUCGUCCGUCCCCGUCGGCUCCGGCUACGAGCUGCUCAUCCAGAAGUUCCUGUCCAUCUACGGACAUCAGAUCGACGUGCACCGAAAGUUCGUCAUUCAGCUGUUUUCCGACGAGUGGGGGCAGUACGUGGACCUGUCCAAGGGAUUUGUGAUAUCCGAGAAAUGCAAACUUCGCCUCGUACCUCUGCAAAUGGAUAUCACCACCCUGGGGAACCUGUCGCCGUCCACCACGGUCUUCUUCUGCUGUGACAUGCAAGAAAGAUUCCGGCCAGCAAUCAAAUAUUUUGGGGAUAUCAUCAGUGUGGGACAGAGACUGCUACAGGGUGCCCGUAUUCUGGGCAUUCCGGUGAUCGUGUCCGAGCAGUAUCCCAAAGGCCUGGGCAGCACAGUACAGGAACUGGACCUUACGGGAGCCAAGCUGGUGUUUCCCAAGACCAAAUUCUCCAUGGUGCUGCCUGAAGUGGAGGCUGUACUGGCCGAGAUUCCCGGACUGCGGAGCGUGGUGCUCUUUGGGGUCGAGACCCACGUCUGCAUUCAGCAGACAGCCCUGGAUUUGAUCGGUAGGGGUCUGGAAGUCCACAUCAUUGCCGACUCUACAUCCUCCCGGAGCAUGAUGGAUAGGAUGUUUGCACUGGAGCGUCUAGCUCGCACUGGUAUCAUCAUCACCACGAGCGAGUCAGUUCUACUGCAGCUGGUCUCGGAUAAAGAGCACCCAAAAUUCAAGGAGAUCCAGACCCUCAUAAAGGCCAGUGCCCCGGAGUCUGGCCUGUUGUCCAAAGUCUGAGGUCACCUGGCUUGCCAUGUCAGGGAUAAUCUAGGGUACUGUAGGUCAACCGUCUGCGAGGAACGGCAUUGCAUGAGUUUGCUAUGUCUGCAGGGUGGUUCUGUGCUUAUUACAAAAAGUUACCUUUAAAAACUAGCAUAAAUUCUGUUUACUUGUAUCCUCUCACUCAGCUGUAAGGAGAUGUUUUAUUUUCAAAUCAAUUUCAAGAUUGGAUUAUUUAACGUAUAUAUUUUUUCCCCCCCAUAAAUCCUGUUUUUCACCAGCCAGCUCUGUAUGCCAGUCAGUCCUUAUCAUGGUGUAAAAUCUGGGAGCGAUAUCAUCCUUUUAGACAGAUGGAUCUCAGCGUAAAGGCUCCCAUUUAAUUCUUCCUUCAGCCUUUGCUCACGUUUACGCAAGAUAGUUUCCAAGAAUGCAAAUAGAAAUAUUCCUUCAUACAGCAGUUUUACGUAUCGAGGCGAUAUAUUAAAAUGAGCCCAUCCGGGAGAAUCUUUUCCUUAUGAAAAUAUUUACUUUGCAUACAAGACCCACAUUUUUCCAGGUAAUUCAUAUCAGUCAUAUUAAUAUUACUUUGGUCCUAUUAGUAUUUCGGUAAUUUGAUUUUAAUUGCAUACUUAUGCACCGUAGCGUACGUCCUUAUCCGUUGAAUGCAUUGGAUUUCUAAUUUUACUAUGUUUAUUAAAAUAUCUUUACCCAAAAUUUACCUUUGGAGGGAGAAUAGGUGUAAAUUCUCACACUCUGACUGCAUCUUCAGCCUAUUGGCUUCGAAUUUGAGAGUGUGAGUCUAACGUCAGUCUAUCAUGUUGCAUUUAUUUGGUUUUUAUUUUUUUUGUUCACUGUUGUGAAUACAUGCACUGUCCAGAAGUUCAGCUGUGGCGAUGCACUAUUGACACAUUGAUGAUCCCCCCCCACGGAGAAAAUAAAACACCUGAUCUUAAGGGCAAGGAAGAAACUUAUGUAAUAGGCAGCAGAUAUGCUGAACAUACUAUCUGCCUGAGUGUUUUCAUCAGUGUUUCUCUGAGAAUACAUGCGUGUUGUAAAACCAGCAUGCAGAUAAUGUUGUGUCAGUGUGAUAGCGAUGUGUUGUUAUUUUUUUAAAAAUGUGCCUGUUAACAAUCCAAAAUAAUUGUAAAACAGAUGUCGGGGUAGGCCUACUGUAAGUGUGCAGGUUUGUAAACAUGUAAGAACACAGUCUGGUUUUGUAUCUGCUUAAGUAAAUAAAUGUUU